AUGGGAGAACAAGAAUCAAGCAAAUGGGAAGGAGAAACCAUAGUAGAGCUAAAGCUCACACCACAACAAGUAUGGCCACUCAUAGCAGACGACUUCUGCUCCUUACAAAAAUGGUUCCCUCAUCUUGAAAACUGUUACUUAGUACAAGGUGUACAAGGUGAACCGGGCAUGGUUCGUUGUUGUGAGUCCACACAGUUCGGAGGAGAUGGUUCGGUCCGGUUCGCUAAGGAGAGGCUCCUAACCAUUGAUCCUGUACAGAUGUGCCUAUCUUAUGAUAUAGUCGAUAACGACGUUGGUUUUAAGUCUUAUGUUGCAACCAUGAGGUUGUUUCCUAUUGAAGGUGGCGGCGUAGGCGGCGGAGGAGGCGGAGGGGAGGAUGACGGAAAGUGUGUUGGGUGUAAGUUUGUGUGGACGUUUGUGGCUGAUCCAGUUGAAGGGUUUACCCUUGAAGGUCUUUGUGAGCUUUUUAAAGGUAUUGCUCAUGGCAUGGCUACAAAGAUGGAAGCAGCUUUUCCUCAAACCCAAUUAAGCUAG